CACUACCAGUUAAGCAUAGCACAUGUGUGUGUAAACAGAAUCAAUAGUUCGGAAAAAGUAUUAGAGCCAUACACGCUGAAAAAUAACAUACUUCCACAUUUCAUUACAUUGUAAAACUUCAAAAACUGAAAAUAUAAAUGAGACUGUGCAAAAAAGUUUGUAAUCCACUGUUUGCACCAUGGAAUCGAGCACUAUUCUGUACAUCUACUGCUGCAAAUCAUUCAAAAAUACCUUUAAAAGCCGAAUUUGUGACUCCAACAAGUGCAUCAAUUGGUCAAAUACGAAAUCAGUUCGCUUCCUGGAUUGCAAUCGGUUCAUAUAAACCUGGUCUUUUGUCUCACUUAUCAACUCCGGACAUUAUGAGAGCCCUCUUUGUCUUGAGGACGUGUUCUUAUGAUUUUGUCGUCUCAAGAAGCAUACAGUUAUUUAAUAUAUCCACAAAAUUUGGACCGCUUGGAGAAUGGGGUUUACGAAAAACAUUUUUCAACCAAUUUGUGGGAGGCGACACUCUGCCAGGAAUGAAACUGACUGUGGAAUCCAUGCAACGACGCGGUCUCGUCCUCAUGGUGGCCCCCGUCUUGGAGGAAGAUAUCGAGGACGAACAAUCCUCACAGAAAACAUACGACGAUAAUUUGCAAAGCUUACUGAAUUUGGCCAACAUGACUUCAGCUCUUGAGAAAAAGAAGCCAAUCAUUCAACUAAAACCAACCGCAAUCAUGCCUGCGAUAACAUUGGAGAAAGUGUCCAAAGCCAUGACUCAAUAUUUAGAGGACAAAAAAGUAACACAUGCAACGCUGAUUUCGCAACUUGCAAAUUGCAUUGAACAUCCGAAAAACCUUGAAUUGAAACUGUCUAAUGAGGACAAAAGUCAAUUCUUGGAUGGAUUACAGAGGGCAGAUGUUUUUGUUAAACACUGCCGAGACUUGAAAGUUCAUGUCCUCGUUGACGCAGAAUUCUACUCUUGCAAACCAGCAAUAUCGGCCAUAGCUUUGAUCCUAAUGGCACGUCAUAAUGGGGACUAUCACCACGUGGGAAACACGAUUCAAGCCUAUCUAAAAGAUGCUGUCCAAACGAUUGAGUCCGAACUUAAAACUGUCACUGAGGACAUCGGUGUCAACUGGUACGGGAAAAUUGUGCGUGGUGCUUACAUGGACAGGGAAAGAUAUCUAGCAGAUAAGAACGGCUACAUUUCACCCGUUUGCGAUACCUACGAAGCUACCAACAUUUCCUAUAAUAAAGCUGUGAAAACUGUAUUGAAAAAUUUGUCUCAAAAUCCAAAGAAAAAGUCGCAUCUGUUGGUUGCAUCUCAUAACGAGGUGUCAAUCCGAUUAGCUGCGCAGGCCAUGAAAGAUUAUGAAAUAUCUGCCAAUGAUGACAGAGUGUCAUUUGCUCAAAUUUAUGGAAUGGCAGAUUACCUUAGUACUCCAUUAGUGAGCAAGAACUACCACGUGUACAAGUCAACGCCGUACGGACCUAUUGUCAAAGUGUUGCCAUAUUUGGCCAGGAGAGCAUCGGAAAAUCGGUCCGUGAUGAUGGGUGCCAGAGAGGAACGUGACAUGCUAUGGAAGGAAUUAAAAAUGCGUUUCAAAAUGUGACAUGAUUAUAUCUUUCGACAAAUUACUUGCAGCAAUACGAAGUCCAGUUUUAAGCAUUUACUUCAAUUUACUUAUGAAAGUGGCGUAAAAAAAUAUGCUAGAAUAUGGAAGUAAAGUUACACAAUGACAGGAUUUGGUGAUUGCAGGAAAUUGUUUAUAUGGAAAUUUAUUAGCCUGGCCUUUCCGUCAAGUCUAUUUUGAGCAAAAAAGUAAGUGAACAGCCAUGCAGGUGCAAGUUCAACAAUACAUUUGGUAUGUUGAAGAUGAUAAGCAUCAUUGUUUUUAGGACUUAACUAUAAGCGAGCUCAAAAAAUUCCAUGACUUCUUUGUUUGUUCGGUGUAUGGAAUAGCGAUUUAUAAUGAUUUAUUAAUUGAAACAUGUAUGAAAUAAACUAAUUGUUUUUUGUUCAUUCGCAACUUG